GUGUAGACCAAGUGAGGUCAACAGUAGGUGAAGCAGAAGCAGAUGUCUUUCCCAUGCUGAUGGAUUUUCACAUUCGAGGUUGCCUACAACUGACCACUCUUCCAUGCUCGUGUAAAAGUCUAGACGUGCAGAGGUGCCAUAAUCUAACAAGUAUAAAAAUGGCUUACGGCACUGCUUCUGUUGAGGAGUUGAGUAGCCGCUUUUGCGACAAUCUUAGGGAGCUGCCAGAUCUGGAUCUGUUUGGACCGAGUUUGCAGCGAUUGACCAUCUCAUUUUGCCCAAGAUUAAUUAGUCUAGGAGUAAAUGGACAGAAAUGCCCCCUACCAUGUCUUGAGGAAUUGAGAAUUGAUCAUUGCGAAGGGUUGACCACUAUAUCCGACAAAAUGUUCCAGUCAUGCCGGUCUCUGCGGUCCCUGUCGGUGAAGUGUUGUCCCAAUCUGGUAUCAUUUUCGCUUAAUUUGCAGGAGACGCCUUCUCUCGAGAAAUUCGUCUUAGACGACUGUCCCAAAUUGAUCCCUCAUAGUUUCAAAGGAUUUGCUUUUGCCACCAGCUUAAGAGAAUUGAGCAUCAACAUUCCCUUCUCCUCAGAUGACUCCUCAGUCGAUGAUUUUGAUUGGUCUGGUUUAAGAUCUGCAUCAACACUCCGUGAGCUUCGCUUACGAGGGUUGCCUCACACGGAGUCCCUGCCACACCAGCUUCAAUACUUGGCUACCCUCACUUCACUAAGGCUGGAGAACUUUGGAGGAAUAGAAGUGCUACCGGAUUAGAUUGGAAACCUUGUGUCCCUUGAAACCCUAUCGCUAUGGUCUUGCCAAAAGCUUCAGUCUUUACCACCCGAGGCCGCCAUGAGACGACUCACAAAGUUAACUUGUGUCGACGUCUUUGAUUGUCCUCUAUUAAGACAAUGAUACACUCCCCAAAGAGGCAUCUACUUGGAGGAGGAGAUUUCAAGUGAUCCGGUGAGAUUUUCCUAUCUAAAGUUCACACUCAUAUAUAUGUGUAUAAAUUUUUUGUAUCUGCAUCUCAUUGACAUAUAUUUGCUCUUCAGUCUCUUGUACUCUUUUUCUCCAUCUCUUUUCUGCAAAGUUAUUCUCUGUAAUUCUCUUCUUUUGGGCAGACCUUGGUUUCUUUUCAAAGAUUAGUUUUAACAAAGCCUGGUUUUGAGCAAA